AUGGCGCACGUCGACGCGUCCCCCCCCGUAUCGCCGGCACCGGACGUCGUCGCGGUCGCGCCGCCGCCGCACCCCGGGAAACUCGCGCACGCGCGCGUGGAGCGCGCGCGAUGGAAAGAGCGCGUCGUCGCCGCGCGCGCGGAAUCAGAUCGACCUCUGCAGACGCUCCGAGAGAACGCCGCGCGUCAUCGUCCCGCGCCUUCCUCACCGCGGCCGGAUUGGGUCGGCGGCGCGACGCGCGAAUACGAGGACGAAGAAGCCCCGCGGACUCGCGCGGCGGUGACGUGCCACGACUCCGUCACCGGACAGAGGCUGUUCGUCGCGCGUCGCGUGCAUCGUCGCGAGACGCCGCACGCGUCGACGGCGACGACGACGCGAACGGACGACGACGCGAUCGACGACGACGCCGACGACGCGUCGACGCAGCCGGUGCUGUUCGCGGGCGGCGGCGACGUCGCGACCGCGCUCGCGUCGCGCCUGCUCGACGGCGGCUUCCCGCUCGUCCUCGCCGCGGCAUCGUCGUCGCCGUCGUCGCCGUCGUCGCCGUCGUCGUCGAACGAGGAGCGUCUCCGGUCGCGCGGCGCGACGCUCGCGUCGUCCGUCGCCCACGGCGCGCGCCUCGUCCUCGGCGCGUGCGCGAAGGUGGGUACGCCGAGGCGGUGGGGCCCGGGCGAGCGCGCGAAGGCGCUUCGGGACGCCGCGAGGCCCGGCGGCGGCGGCGGCGGCGGCGGCGCCGCCGCCGAGCCGCGCGCGCGUGCGAAGGCGCGUUUGAACGCGGUCGGGAUCGAGUUCGUGCAGGGCGCCGUCGCGUCGCGAGACGCGAGGGACGCCGUCGACGGCGGCGCGCACGUGUUCGUCGCGGGGGGUAGGCGGCGCGGUGGUAGGGUCGGGGUCGACGGGCUCGGCGGCGAGGACCGCGACGACGACGGCGGCGACGACGACGACGACGACGACGCGACGGUUCAUCCCGCGUUCGUCGACGUCGACGCGGCGUUGCGCGCGAUGACCGAUCGGGCGUACGUGAUCGAGGGCGCGGACGCGACGGCGGCGGCGUCGACGAGAGUCGUCAAGGCGUGGAGCGAUAACUUCGCGGACGCGGUGUCGAGGUAUCGCGUCGAGGCGAAGGAGGCGACGAGGGCGGCGGAGGCGCAGCGGCGGCGCGCGGACGCGGCGGAGCGGGAACUGUCGCGGUUGGAAGUCGCGUCCUGCGCGGCGGCGAAGAAAUGCCGCGCGACGGAAGACGAGCUCGCGCGCUUACGCGCGACGCGCGCGCAGACUGAAACGCGCGCGAGCGAAGCAUCACGAGCGGCCGCGGCCGCGGUGGCGGCGGCCGAAGCGCGCGACGCGGAGACCGCGGCGAAGAUCGCGAAGGCGACGGCUGACGCGCGCGACGCCGCGGACGCGGCGCGGAGAGACGCGAGCGCCGCGGAGGCGUCGCGCGCUGCGCUCGAGCUCGAGAUGGCGACCGUCCGCGAGGCGCUCGCGGCGGCGCGAAUUCGCGCGGACGCGGCCGAGGCGCGCGCGACGCGAUCCGACGCCGCGGUCGCGGACGCGGAGCGCCUUUCGGCGGCGGCGUUUGAGGCGGCGACGCGCGAGGCGAAGGACGCGAAGGACGCGCGCGAUUCAGGCGCGUUCUAUACACUGUUGUGCUCCGAGCUGGAGACCGCGCGCGUCGAACGCGACGGCGCGACGAAAGCGCUCGAGAGCGCGAAGGAGGAGCGCGAGUCGGCGGUCGGCGCGCUGAAGCUGGAGAUCGAGCGUUUGAGGGCGACGACGCGCGCGACCCGGGUCGACGCGGGAGAGAAGGAGGAGGAGGAGGACGACGACGAGGAGGAGGAGGACUCUACGGACUCUAAGGGUCGAAAGAAAGGCGGCGCUUCCGCGAGGAGAAAAGCGACUCGGAAAAGUCCAAUCGUGAGCGCGGACGCGGCGGGAUGGGCGACGGCGACGGAGCAGUGCAAGACGCUCACGACUCGGCUCUACAAAGAGCGCGCGCGCGUCGCGGAGCUCGACGGGAAGCUGAAAGCGUGCGAGUCCGCGCUCGCGGCGCUGCGAAAGACGAGCGAUCUCGAGAUCGAUCGGCUGAAGGGCAAGUUGAAAGCGAGAGGGGUCGCCGUCGCGAGGCUCGAAGCCGAACGCGACGGGUUGAGGACGACGUUGAAAGGGAAGACCGACAUCGCGGACGCGUUCGCGGCGAAAGCGCGAUCGGACGCCGCGAUCAAGAGCCGCCUCGAGAGCGAGCUCGAGAGCGUUCGCGCGACGAGAGACGCGCUCGAGCUUCGCGCGGCGGAGGCGCGAAAAGCGCUCGAUCAGGCGCGUUCUAUACACUGGUUCCCAUACGACCGCAACGCGGCGGCGUCCGCCGCCGCCGUCGCGCGCGCCGACGCCGCGGAUGCGGCGCGCGUCGCGCUCGCGACGCGCGUCGCCGAGCUCGAAGCCGCCGAGGCGCAGUCGCGAUACGCGAUGGCGCGCGUCGCGGAGGAUCUGGACCGGUCCGCGUGCGAUGCGACCGCGCGCGCGGAGGAGUCGUCGCGGCUUCGGAUCGAGUUGGAGGAGACGACGCGGCGACUCGCCGCGGCGCGCGGCGACGGCGGCGACGUCAUCGAAACGGCCGUGAACGAAGCGUUACUCGAGCAAGCCGGCGCGCACGAGAAGGCGAUGGACGCCCUGCGAACGACGCACGCGUUCGAUCUCGAGGAGGCGACGCGCGCGUACGAGGAGACGGUGGCGCGGUUGGAGAGAGAGAAGGAGGACGCGGCGGCGGCGGCGGUGGAAGCCGCAGAGGCGGCGGACGCGAUGGCGCGACGAAUGGAAGAAGACGCCGCCGCCGCCGCCGCCGCCGCGGUCGCGGUCACGGCGAGAAAGAAAAAGGCGAGAGCGGACGAGGAAGCCGCGGAGGCGCGGCGCGCCGCCGCCGAGUGUCGGACGAGUGUCGGACGGUCGUCGGACGAGAAGCCGCCGACGGCGCCGAAGCCGAAGCCGAAGCGCGCGUCCGACGAUCCGAAUCCGAAUCCGAAUCCGAAUUCGACCGCCGCCGCCGACCUCGCGGACCCCGCGCUCGUCAUGGACGCGAUGAUCGCGAACGCGGACGAGCUCGACGCGCUCGCGCCCGCGAAGCGCGCGAUGGAGGCGUCGUUCCAUCGCGUCCCGGAGCUUCGAAGAGCGCUGACGAAGAUGGCGGAUGGCGCCGCGAAGCCGACCCCCGCCGUCGCCGUCGCCGCGACGCUCGCGUCCAUCGUCCUCGGGUCCGCGUCCGGGUCCGGGUCGAGCGACGCCGGGGAUGGGCCGUGGGUCACGCGUCUCCCGCCGCGCGUCCGCGACGGCGACUCGCCGGAGCUCCUCGCGGCGUUCGCGAUGAAGACGUUCGACGCGAAAUUUUUGGCGCCGGAGGUGCGUUCUAUACACUGGUCCCCAUACGACCCCGUUCGCGUGGUGGACGCCGAUCCUUAGGGACUUUGCCCGUCGCAUCUCCCCGCCCACCCCUCGCUUUCAAUCCCCGCCCUCGGCGCCUUUCAACUCCAACUGACGCCUAUGAACUCCACCCCGACGUCGCUUUGAAUGAUGGAAUGGCCCGGAGACGCGGCGGCGAU